AUUUCCGAGAUGACGAGUGCAACGGCUCGACUGGGUGUUGGCGAUGCUAUGUCCGAGUUGCGACGAAAAAUAGCGGACAAGAGGAACGAAAUCGUAUGUGACACGGACGAAGCCUUUCUGUUGAAGUUCUUAGACCGAAAAGAAUUCGACGUCGACUCGGCGCUUGCAUCUAUAGUGAAGUACUACAACUUGCGUAAGGAGUUCCCCGAGAAGAUUUGGCCUCGAGGUAAGGGCGUGAAAUGGAUGGAGCCUUUCGUGGCCCUAGAGAAUUGCACCAUCCUUCCGAUGAAGAACCCGAAGGACAACACAAGAAUCUUCAUGUGGCGGAAGGGCCACUGGAAUCCUGAGGAAAAGAUCUUCGACCUGGCAGACUGUCUCACAUGGAGUCUCUACAUGACGGAAUACUUCCUGUACAUGCGUCGCAACGACGAAGAAGACUGCGCUGGGUGGACAUACAUCAUGGACUUGUCAGGAUUCACGGCGCGUCACAUACCUCAUUGUGACCUGCAGGUCGUGCGAGCUUACUCCGGAAUCCUGGCAGGAGCUCUCCCGCUGAGAGUCAAAGCCAUACAUUUCUUGAACGUGCCGCUCGUCUUCCAGUACGCGCUUCAACUAAUCAAAUUCCUCUUGGGAACGAAGCUGCGGAAUCGCGUUUUCGUGCACAGCUCCCGGGAAAAACUUACGUCUGAAGUUGAUCCCAGUGUUUUACCGGAAGGCUAUGGUGACUCCGGAAUGAAGUUCAGCUCUAGGUGGAUAUACGAGGAGAUGCUACAACUCGAGGAUCAAUUCGAGGAGAGGAGCUAUCACGGCUUUACGAAGUGAAGUCUUCGAAGCAGACGUGCGCCACAUAAAUUUGGUGAGCUGUGGACUCCGCCUAAUUGGGCCGAGCCACCUCGGUCCAAAUGAGUGGUUGGCCCGACAAACGGAGUGGUUUUGACUAGGAAACUUCAUGCGGGGAUCCGGAUUCUGGUCCAAUUAGGCGGAGGGUCCGAUUAUCCGCUGGUCCCAAUAAGUCAGUUCACUGGAGUCGAGCC